CACCGCCGGUGCUGUCCUGCCCCUUCCCACAGCUUGACCCACCUGACCAGCAUGGCGGUGCCCAGAGCAGCCGGUGGUGCCCCGCGCCCAUGAUGAGGGAGGCCCCGCCCCGCCUGAGGAUGGGCAACAUCACCGUGGAGAACUCCAGCUGUACCAUCGACCACACCAUCCACCAGACGCUGGCCCCGGUGGUCUACGUCGCGGUGCUGGUGCUGGGUUUCCCGGCCAACUGCCUGUCGCUGUACUUCGGCUACCUGCAGAUCAAGGCCCGCAACGAGCUGGGCGUGUACCUGUGCAACCUGACCGUGGCUGACCUCUUCUACAUCUGCUCGCUGCCUUUCUGGCUGCAGUAUGUGCUGCAGCAUGACGACUGGCCCCACAGCGACCUGUCCUGCCAGGUGUGCGGCGUCCUCCUGUACGAGAACAUCUACAUCAGCGUGGCCUUCCUCUGCUGCAUCUCCAUCGACCGCUACCUGGCCGUGGCCCACCCCUUCCGCUUCCACCAGUUCCGGACCCUGAAGGCGGCCGUGGCCGUGAGCGUGUUCAUCUGGGCCAAGGAGCUGCUCACCAGCAUCUUCUUCUUCCGCCACAAGCAGGUCAUCGUGGAUGAGGACCAGCACCGCGUCUGCUUCGAGCACUACCCCAUCCAGCCCUGGGAGCGUGCCAUCAACUACUACCGCUUCCUCGUGGGCUUCCUCUUCCCCAUCUGCCUGCUUCUCUUCUCCUACCAGGGCAUCCUGCGCGCCGUGCGUCGCAGCCACGGCACCCAGAAGAGCCGCAAGGACCAGAUCCAGCGGCUGGUGCUCAGCACCGUGGUCAUCUUCCUGGCCUGCUUCCUGCCCUACCACACGCUGCUGCUGGUGCGCAGCGUCUGGGAGUCCAGCUGCGACUUCGCCAAGCGCGUCUUCAACGUCUACCACUUCUCCCUCCUCCUCACCAGCUUGAACUGCGUCGCCGACCCCGUGCUCUACUGCUUCGUCAGCGAGACCACGCACCGGGACCUGGCCCGCCUCCGAGGGACCUGCCUGGCCUUCCUCACCUGCUCCAAGGCCAGCCGGGCGCGGGAGGCCUAUCCGCUGGGCGCCCCAGAGCUCUCCGGGAAGAGCGGGGCGCAGGGCGAGGAGCCAGAGUUGACUAAGCUCCAUCCAGCAGCUCCUGGCGGCGGCUCGGUGGUCAUGGCAGGAGGAUCCUCCACGGGUGGGCUGGCUUAGCCUGGGCCUC